UUGGUGUUGCUGACAAUACGCUUGUGCUUGCGCUUUGUAACGUAGCAGUAUGUAUAUAACAAUGUAGCUAGUUUAAUCUGGAUUUGCUUGCUUUUUGAAACGCUAACGUAGAUUUUUCACGGUUGGCUAUGUCUCAGCAGGCAACUUCACUCUCGGUCGAGGUGCAGAAAGGCACCGACCAGGAGACUUUCUACACGCACUGCAGAGCCGCCUACCUCGCUGUAUUUAGGUCUAGUUUAGCCUGCAUCACUUCCAAGCAACAGCUAUGCCGUGUUCUCCAACAGGCUGGCAGAAAUCCAUCCCAGGCAACUCUGAAUAAACACUGGACUCAGACAACCACAAAGUUGAAUUUUGAUGAUUUCUGUGAGAUCCUAAAGAAUGAAAGGCCAACAGAAGAAAAUGAAUUACUGCUAGCCUUCAAAAAGUUGGAUCUCAAUGGGGAUGGUUAUAUCUCUCACACUGAACUACAGAAAGUCCUAACUUCAAAAGGUGAGAAGAUGACUCCAGAGGAUGUGGAUGCCAUUUUUUCAUUAGCUGAUGCCAACAGAGAUGGCAAAUUGGACUAUGCAGAGUUCUGCAGACUUUUGCUAUCCACUGUAGAGCAGUGUCGGGUUGCAGCCCUGGAGAGAUUUGAGGCUGACGCCAAGAUGAAGAGGCAGAACUUUGGCAACCAGUUGGACAGCCCUCCAAAGACUUCAGCACCUGCUGCUGUACCUGCGCCCCAGCCACCAGAGAUGGCACAGAAAACCGAGCUAGACUCUACAUUAAAGAAAGACAGCAGAUCGUCAUCCCGUCCUUCAGCUCGUAGCAGGCGGUCGUCACUGUCUAACACCGUCACCAUGGCAGCCAGCAAUACCAAGAGCACCAAGCUGGCAGAGCCCACGUGUGUACAGGGCUUGUACCACUGCUGUAUGAAGGGCUGUUUUUUCCUUGAGGAGGAUGGAGGCAUCACAUCCCUGCAGUAUCAUCUCACUGUCCCCCAGACAGCCACUGUCUACCUCACCAUCAGCCCCCUGAACCUCAGCCAGACACCUGAAAAGUCUUCACCCUGGAUGUCGGUAGACACAGCUGUCUUUGUAGUGUCAGGAAAAGACUCCAAGCAAGAGACUAACCUGGUGUGUUUCACGGAGUCCAGAGACAAAGAGAAGUAUGGCUGGAAGGGAGAGCUGAGCGCCGGGACCUACUACCUCCUGCCAUUCACCACGGGCUGUAGGUUGAGGAAGAGGAUGAGGAAGAGUGUGUCUAAACCUGUCACUCUAGUCACCCUAACUGAAACCGGGGAGCUGGACCUGACCAGGGAGUUCCGGGAUGCGCUGUCGGACAUCUUUGAGGUGAUAGACCUGGAUGGAAACGGCCUGCUCAGUCUCCAGGAGUACAACUUCUUCGAGCUGAGGACCAGUGGAGAGAAAUGCGAUGAUGAGGCAUGGGAUGUCUGCAAAGAGAACUUUGACACCAGGAAGAACCAGCUGAGUCGUCAGGGCUUCAUGGAGCUUAACUUAAUGGAGGCCAGUGACCACGAUGGAGACCCCACAGACCUUUGGGUUACGCUGGAGGCCAUGGGCUAUAACCGGAGCCUGGAGAUGGUGGAGGCUUGUCCGUUCCUGAUAGAUCUCUACUGUGAUGAGGCCCAGUGUACCCUGCAGCCGGUCCAUUUGGAGACGGGUCACAGGAUGCUGAACAUGGCUCUACAGCGUUCCAUUACUGCCAGGUCAGAGGUCAAAACCCUCAGGGGUUCGGAGAACGUCCUGGUCUACACCUACAGAGGAGAACACAGGAUCUCAACCGUUAUUGCCAACAAGACCAACCAGAAGGUGACGGUGCAUGUGAACAAUGAACAGAGUAAGAACUGCAGCAGCAGCAGAGGAAUGUGUGUGUUCGCUGUGGAGGUCCCUGCUAGGACAAAGAUGGUGUGCCAGCAUGUCCUCCCCAUCAAUGAGAGCCAGGAAUGGACCUACAGCUGUGUAGAAAGCAUUAUACCAUGCCAGUAAAACCGUGACAGCCAUACUAGCUAAUAUAACAUUGGUACUUCAAGGUACUUCAAACUAUUUUUAGCCAAAGGAAACUGAAUGGAAAAACACUAUGUGCUAUAAAUGUAUUAACUGAAAAAGUCAUAAUCCCCAUAAAACCUGGCAGCAAAACUUAAAAAGCUGCUCUUUGCGUUAUUCCACCAUUAAUUUCUUCCAUAGGGGAUUUAUAAAUCAACUCAAAAAAGGUCUGUGUUUCGUGUAGGCUUACACCUCCACAGUGUUUGAUAACAGUGUAAAUAUCUUUAGGACGAGGUGACUUAAUGUCUUGAUCUAUAUUUAGCCAGUACUUACACAAUAUUUUUUGCAUAGUGUUUUGAAAAUGGUUACAGACAACCUUUACACGAUUCUCAAAACGCUGAGCCGGGGUAGGCUCACAAGAAAGACAGACCUUAUUUGAAGUGGAUCUAAAAAUCCCCAAGAAAUAAAUAAAUAGUGUAAUAAAUCAAAGAACCGCUAUUCAAGUUUUGCCACUAGGUUUUGUGGUGAUAAUUACUUGUCAACUAUUCCUCUCUUUUGUGCCUUUGUGAUAACUGUGGAGUGUUCUUCCAUGGAAUUGUGAGAUGUAAUGUUAAUUAGAAAAAUAUGAUGGUAUAAAUGUAACUUUUGAUAGAGAUUCUGUAGAUUGUAACUGAACCUACAUUUGCACUUUUUAUUUUUUAUGAUUUAACACUGUGGCCUAGGUUAUACUCUGUACUUUAUAUUUACCUACUUUCUCUGUUCAUCAAAAAAUAUUGAAAUUGCUAAAUUAACAAUUUAUAACUUUGAUCGUGCUGGGCUUUUGUAAUAAUGUUUAUCAUUUUGUAGAGUAUUUGCAUCACAAUUGCACUUUUUAAUACCAAUUUAAUGUGCGUUACAUUGUAACUUGUGCCUUGUGCCCUGAGAUUUGGAAAGCAUAUGUGCUAAAUCUCUAACAAUAUUACAGAUGUAUGUCAAAACUAAGUAAAUCUCUUACUUAAAAAUAA